CUCAUUCAUUUGAUACUUGUUUCAGAUGAACGAGAGCCACAAAUUAACCUACACGAAGCCUAUAAACACGUGAGGACUAUCUUGUUUUUCAUUGGCUACCCUCGCAGUCGCCACAGCCUCCUCGGGUCUUUGUUGGACGCCCAUCCACACAUAGUCGUUUCAGACGAGACGAUGGCUUUUCCAAGAUGGCGGCGAAAUCCAAAACAGUGGAUGAAUGGUUCGAUGUACUCCUUUUAUGAUACGCUGUUUAGGGCGUCGAAGCAGUCUACGAUGACGGGGAGACGAUCUCGUGUGUUCGAAGGAAGCGUUGUUAACAAGGAUUCUAAUUAUGGUUAUUCUGUACCUAAUCAAUGGCAGGGGAAUUACGAUCGGUACAUUCAGGUAGGAACUUUUCCAGCCCCCACGGAUAUAUACGUGCAGAUCAUGCAAUGGCGGAUCAAUAGGAGGCGCCUUGCAGGCCCCCUUCCCCCGCAGCUUUUAAGGUCAAACUGAGGCCCACGAGUGGAGCUCCGCUCAAAGAGCAAAAAUCUUUCAGUGUCCUUUCGCUUUAUGAGCUCUCAAUGAAUAUCAGCCAUUCAGUACUAAAACAGUCCACAUACUGAGCCCAGGCGCUUAUAUGAAACUUAAUCAUUUCUCCAAUCGACAGGUGAUCGGUGACAAGUCGGGCGCAUUUACUGCUGGGGCAAUGCUUCAGGAUGACGCAAUUGACGCUUUGCAUCUCUUGGAAAAAGCAUCCAACGCCAAAGUAAAGUUUGUUCAUGUGGUGAGAAAUCCAUUCGAUAAUCUCGCAACCAUGACUUUGGAACACAGUACCGUCAGAAUGCGAAACGGUAAACACGAUUCAAAGGUAUGAUCGAUCGGGGGUGGGGAGAGCGGGAGGGGGUGGCAAUAAGUUUAUACAGAGGGUGUCCGCUUAAUAGAGGUUUGUAAAAACUGCGCAAUAUUUGUUAAUGCUUAACGUUCGACGGUUAUUCUGUACUGUGAUAAAGUUCCAUGUUGUUAACCCAUUCGCCCCUGAGCCGCCCCUAACCGCCCGUGAGGAUGCACGUCUCUUCUACCGCUUAUGACGUCAUCAGUUUUAAUGCUCAAGGACAACCUUGUCCGCUAACUUGUGCAGAGUGAAGGAAUCUUUCAGACCAUACCAGAAUGAGAACAAUUCAGUCAAGGACACCGUUCAGGGAGAAAAAGGCAAAAAACCAUCUAACGUUUACCCGAAAAUUGCCAAAAAAAAUCUUUUCCACUACUCACCUACCUUUCCUUUCAUCUAAUCCUAAGAUACUAAAACCUUUCCUAAAAACUUUUCCAACCAAAAUGAAGCCUUCUAAUGUAAAUGCCCAGCAAAAGGAAAAAAAAGAAAAAGAAAAAGAAAGAAAAAACGAGGCAAGAAAAGCGAAGAAAGAGGGGGGAGAGAAAGCCAAAAGGUGUCCGCUGAAUAGGGGUUCGUUAUAAAGGAAAAUAUAAAACGUUAAUUUCGGGACCCGGCUUAAUGUCCGCUUAAUGGCGGGUGCCCGCUUAACUGGGGGUCCUCUUAGAGGUUUCACUGCAUAGUGAAGCCUUGAACUUCCAGACAAGAUUAUCACCGAUCAUCAUCGCUUUGUUUGGGUGGAUGUUGAGGAAACGAAAAUGAUUUAGUUUUAUCAACCUCAAUCGUGUGAUACAAUUGUUUUACCCGCAUAACCUGCACGAUAAAAUGGUUGAAAAACCGAAGUUUCGAGCGCAAGCCUUCAACAGAGUAAAUCCUGACUAAGAAGUAACUCUCUAAACAGAAGCUUUUCAAUCGUCUUAGGCUAGCAAAUAGACUUUAUGAAAAUCCAUAUAUUUUGAAUGUUACGCAACAAUGCCGUUGCUCGCCGAUGCUCAUAAUUCGAGCUUAGGCUACCUGUGAUUAGCCUGCGAAAACAUCCGUUUCUCCUCGCUCUUCGCCGCCGGGGACGUUUCGCGAGGAGGAACGACGUUCCUCCGCGCGAAACGUCCCCAUCGGCGAAGAGCGAGGAGAAACGGAUGUUUUCGCAGGCUAACCUGUGAUGAAAUCAGUUGAUAAUAUCAAAUUUUUCUGUUUCAUGCCCGGCCAGUGCCGAGUGCAGACCCAGUGCCGGCCACAUUCGUCUUUUUAUUUAUUUAUUUAUUUAAUUAUUUUUUGGGAAUUAUCCUUUCACUCUCGAGCCCCUUGCAUUCAAGUAGCCUACUAUGUAGAGCCGCCCAUUGAGGAGGGAGGGGGGUGGGUUGGGGCGGCCCCGAUGACACCCACAGGCUAUAUUCAAUUCCCAUACCCGGCAUUUUUUUAGCAGCUAAUGUGAUAAGUGAACACAGGGCCAAUUAAGCUAUUAUUGUCAUUACUGAGCAGCUUGGUGGUUUGAUUGAAUGACUCUUAUCGACCUCAUUCUCUCUUGCUCUUAUCAUAGUUAUUAGGGGAGACUGGUUUUGAAAGGCAACAAACAUCAAAUAUAAAACCACACGGUGCUGCAGUUUAUGUUGGAAACUCCCUGAAGGAGCACAAUCCUUUGUUUUCUGUUGGCAAAUUGCGACGGAAUAAAUUAAUAGGACGUUUCUAUUGGUCAGUAAGAUCAAAACGCCGGGAAUGCAUUUGUGGACCGUCAGGUCCACAAAAACAAGUCAAAUAACAAAGGAGUCUGAAGAGGUUUCAUUACCAUUCCAGUCUAUUAACUAUGCUCUUAUAGAUUCAAACACCGUUUUUUCUCAAUUUUUCUCCACAGGUAAAUGCCCCUCAAACUUUAGACGACCAAAUAACUCGGUAUUUUCACUGGGUGGCGGGAUGUAAAAAGACUCGAGAGGCCUUCCCUGAAAAGGUGAUUGACAUCCCAAGCAUGAAACUAGUAAAGCAACCAUCGGAUGUCUUGAGAAAGAUAUGCGCUUUUUUGGAAAUCACUUGUUCAGAGGAUUAUAUCCAAGACUGUGCCAGCACUGUAGACCCAAUUCCAUCGAUAACUAGAGAUUACGUAGAAUGGACAGAACGGCAGAAAAAGAGGGUGUAUGAUCAAAUGAAACAGUUUUCAUUUUUUGAAGGCUAUUCUUACGAGCAAUAA